AUGAGGCUCUGGCUCCUUUCCUUCCUUGGCCUCAUAGGUCUGGCGUCCGCGGCGUGCUACAGGGAUGUCGUCCCCGGCUCCAGCGCUGCGUAUGAGAAAUGCACAACAGCUAAGGGUGUCACGGGUUGGGUGACCAACUGCGAUGAGGAAUCUGCUGCUGCCGCCAAUUGUGAUGACGGCGGUGCUAGCAUUUACCUUGCUCCUACUUAUUGCUGUCCUUCCUGA